ACUUAGCAACCUAAACAACGUUAGCUCUUAGAUAGCGGUAUUUAAACACUUUAAUUCUAAUACUUUUAAUUGAAAAGCCUUUUCAUAAUCACAUGAUGUUUAAUGUGCAUUCUUAAUAUAUGUGAACCAACCUCAUACCUGUUCUUCGUGUUGAGUAUUUUGGAUGGAACGCACUGAGGCUGAUAAUGUCAAAAUUGUCUCUAGGAGGGACGUCAUCCUCUGCUAAAUUGAACAGUUGGGUGGAGCCAUCAUUUGGUGGCUUAAAUUCAGGGCUGAGUGGUUUUUCGCUGAAGAAAGGACAGCGCUCUGGAGAGAGCAAGGGGAAAGGGAAGCUAUUUGGCAGUGACUCUAGCAGCAAGCGUCCACAGAAGAGGAGGGCAGACUCUAGUGCCUCUGAUUCCCGGUCACUCUCCACAGAGGUAUCACCCACUGACCAGGAUGAACCAUGGGUUGAUACACACAGACCGUGCUCACAGGCGGAACUGGCAGUCCACAAGAAGAAGAUUGAGGAGGUUGAAAGCUGGAUCAGGACUCAUGUAGACUCAAAAACCACUCAUAAGGGUGGCACCAUUCUCCUUCUAACGGGCCCCUCUGGAUGUGGGAAAACGGCCACAGUACGUGUUCUUGCCCAAGAACUGAACUUCCAGAUUCAAGAGUGGACAAACCCUUCCACUGUUUCCGAGUUCCGAACAGAUGAAUCUUUUAGAGAGACUUUCGAUCCAGGUUCUAGGUUUAAUGGUUUUCAAGGCAUCUCACAAACGGGGGCCUUCCAGGAGUUCUUGCUCAGGGCCAACAAAUAUAACUGUCUUCAGAUGAGUGGGGACAACCUGACAACUGACAGAAAAAUCAUCCUAGUGGAGGAAUUCCCAAACCAAUUCUACAGGCAGCCAGCAUGCUUACAUGAUAUUCUAAGGCGCUACGUGAGAACAGGCAGGUGUCCCCUCGUAUUUAUUGUGUCGGACAGUCUCAGUGGAGAUCGAGGCUCGAGACUUCUCUUCCCCAAGGAUGUGCAGGAUGAGCUGCCGAUCAGCAACAUCAGCUUUAACCCCGUCGCCCCCACAAGCUUGAUGAAGGUCCUCAGUCGGAUCGUCGCCACUGAGGCAGGAAAGAGCGGGGGCAGGAUAUCUGUUCCUGAUAAAGCUGCUCUGGAGCUCUUGUGUUCAGGCUGUUCAGGAGACAUCCGCAGCGCCAUCAACAGUCUACAGUUCUCUUCUCUCACAGAUCACUCACUUGAAAAAAGUCUCUGGGCUGCUAAGAAGGGAAAGUCAACAGUUGCACCUCGAAAGGCAGGGAUAAAGCCCAAAGCAAAAGGCAGAUCCUCCAAAAGCGUUGACAUGCUGGAGGAAAGCCAGGCUAUUGGUGGGAAAGAUGCCUCCCUCUUUCUCUUCAGAGCAUUAGGGAGGAUCCUCUACUGCAAACGUGAGAGUUUUGAGGCUUCAGAAGUACCUAGAUUACCUGACCACUUAUCCGAACACCAGAGGGACAAAUUACUGGUUGACCCUGAGAUGGUGGUUGAGCGGUCACACAUGUCUGGAGAGUUUUUCAGCCUUUACCUCCAGCAGAAUUACGUGGACUUCUUUUCUGAUGUGGACGAUGUAGCUCGGGCUAGUGAAUACCUGUCUGACGCUGACUUCCUCACAGCUGAAUGGACUUCUCGCUCCACCAUGCGGGAGUAUGGGUCAUCUGUAGCCACCAGGGGCCUCAUCCAUGCUAACUCUGCUCGGGCUAAAGCAGACUGCCAGACUUCUGUGGGCUUCAGGCCCCUGCACAAACCGCACUGGCUACUGGUCAACAAGAAGUACCGGGAGAACUGCCAGGCCGUUCAGUCACUCUUCAUAAACUUCUGCCUCCCGCCUGUCAGCCUUCAGACGGAACUAGUGCCUUACCUGGCAAAACUCAACAACCCCAUGAGGAACCCAGCUCAGAUUGCCUUUCUUCAGGAUGUCGGCCAUCUUCCUCUUAGAAAAUUCCUAGGAAGGUUGAAACUGGAGGCUCUGGGUGAUAAAGACACAGGACUGCUAGAUGAGGACAGUGAAGGGGAAGACCCAGCCAGCCAUGCGCUCCAUCCAGAUCCUGACCCAGGACCAGAGGCAGAGCCGACUCCAUCUGGCAGCCAGGAUGCCGAGGUAGAUCUUCCCAUGAGUCAGCCUCAGCCCACCACCACAGAGGCGCUCCUUGAAGAGGAGGACCUGCUCAUAGAAGAGUAUGACAGUGACUGAAAGACUGGACAAGGCUGGACUGACACAUUCCGGAAGAAUGCUGCCUUCACAGUUUGAUGAUAUCCAGACGAAUGGGGUUUCACAGCCCUUGUUUGUUGUUUUUCUGUCCUCACACAAGACAGCUCUUGUUUGUUGUUUUAAUAAUAAUAAUAUUGGGUUUUCUUUCUAAUAUUUAUUGUAUUGUGUGUUGGUCCUGUUCAUGUCACACACAGUGGGGCUGAUGUUACCAUGAAUGAGAGACUUUUGGACUCUGUAUUUGUAUAGCAGUUAGGAUUUCCUCCUUUGUGAAAUAUUUAUGUUUGUUUGCAUUCUCACAAGACUGUGUGCUUGUCCUCUGAGCAGCUUUUUUCUCUUUGAGGAUGCAUAAAAAUGUGAAACUGCAGUGUAUAUUUGUAUUCAUUGCAAGAACCUUCAAACAGUAAAACCUUCAUACCUUUAACACGGGAUAAUUUUGGAAAGCAUUAUCUGCCAUUUGCCAUUCUAGUUCAGUUUAAUAAUAAAAAAACAAAACUGCAAAA